GCUAGGCCGGCCGCCGUUCCCAAGAUGGCCGCGGCGCGCACGGCUCCUGCGGCGGGCUAGAGGCGGAGGCGGAGUCGAGUCACUCCCGCACCCGCUGGCUCCGGGUCUUCCGCACCAGGCUGCAGCUGACGACCCUCCGCGGUCAUGCGGGGCUCGGUGCACGGAUGAGAGACGCCAUUGCCGAGCCGGUGCCCCCUCCUGCCCUCGCCGUCACCCCUGCAGCCGCCAUGGAGGAGCCGCGGCGACCGCCGCCGCCACCGCCGGAACCCGAGCCCGAGCCGGAGUGCUGCCCGGCGGCGAGGCAGGAGCGCGUGUUGGGAGAGUCAGCUUGCAAGAGUCUGGAAUCUGACCCAGAGGACUUUCUGGAGGAAGCAAAUACAGAGAACCUCUAUGGCACCUCACCUCCAAGCACACCACGACAGAUGAAACGCCAGUCAACCAAGCACCAGAGGAAUAGCGUAGGGAGGCCAGCCAGUCGAACAAAUCUGAAAGAAAAAAUGAACACACCAAGUCAGUCUCCACACAAAGAUUUGGGGAAGGGAGCGGAGACCGUGGAAGAAUACAGCUACAAGCAGGAGAAGAAGAUCCGCGCGACUCUGAGAACCACAGAGCGAGACCAUAAGAAAAGCGCCCAGUGUUCCUUCAUGCUGGACUCAGUGGCUGGGUCUUUGCCAAAAAAACCAAUUCCAGAUGUGGACCUCAAUAAGCCUUACCUCAGCCUCGGCUGUAGCAACGCCAAGCUGCCCGUCUCCAUGCCCAUGCCUAUAGCUAGAACUGCGCGGCAGACCUCGCGGACUGACUGCCCAGCGGAUCGGCUAAAGUUCUUUGAAACACUGCGCCUUUUGCUAAAGCUUACCUCAGUCUCGAAGAAGAAGGACAGAGAGCAGAGGGGACAGGAAAACACAGCUGCUUUCUGGUUCAACCGAUCAAACGAACUGAUCUGGUUAGAGCUCCAGGCCUGGCACGCAGGCCGCACCAUCAAUGACCAGGACCUCUUUUUAUACACGGCCCGCCAAGCCAUCCCAGACAUCAUCAAUGAAAUCCUCACAUUCAAGGUUAACUAUGGGAGCAUUGCCUUCGCUAGAAGCGGAGCUGGUUUCAAUGGUGCUUCACUAGAAGCGCAGUGCAGAGCCAGAGCUCCGCACGGGGCGAGCAGCGUGGCCCACUCAGCGUACCACGAGCACCUCCAGCGCCAGAGGGUCUCGUUUGAGCAGGUAAAGCGGAUAAUGGAGCUGCUAGAGCACAUGGAGGCGCUUUAUCCGUCCUUGCAGGCCCUGCAGAAGGACUACGAGAGAUACGCGGCGAAGGACUUUGAGGACAGAGUGCGGGCACUCUGUCUGUGGCUAAACAUCACAAAAGACUUAAAUCAGAAGCUGAGGAUUAUGGGUACUGUUCUGGGCAUCAAGAACUUAUCAGACAUUGGCUGGCCAGUGUUUGAAAUCCCUUCCCCUCGACCAUCCAAAGGCUACGAGCCGGAAGACGAGGGUGAGGACACAGAGGGAGAACUGAGAGAGCUGGAGAGUGGGACAGAGGAGAGUGACGAAGAACGAACCCCGAGUCCAAGAGUGCCGGAGCUCAGGCCGUCCACACACAACUUUCUGGAUACCCAUUCGCGGGACUGUGUGUCCAGGAAACUUGAGAGGCUCGAAUCCGAGGAGAAUUCUGUGGGCUGGGGAGCGGCAGACUGUGGCGCCGAAGCCGGUGUCAGCAGGCUCUGUUUGACUUCUAUCUACAGACCAUUCGUGGACAAAGCUCUGAAGCAGAUGGGGCUAAGAAAGUUAAUCUUACGACUUCAUAAGCUAAUGGAUGGCUCCUUGCAAAGGGCUCGUGUGGCCCUGGCGAAGAGUGACCGUCCAGUGGAGUUCUCUGACUUUCCAGGUCCCAUGUGGGGCUCGGAUUAUGUGCAGUUGUCGGGGACACCGCCCUCCUCAGAGCAGAAGUGCAGUGCUGUGUCUUGGGAAGAGCUGAAGGCCAUGGACCUGCCCUCCUUCGAGCCUGCCUUCCUCGUGCUCUGCCGCGUCCUGCUCAACGUCAUCCACGAGUGUCUGAAGCUGCGGCUGGAGCAGAGGCCUGCCGGAGAGCCAUCUCUCCUGAGCAUCAAACAGCUAGUGCGCGAGUGUAAAGAGGUCCUGAAGGGGGGUCUGCUGAUGAAGCAGUAUUACCAGUUCAUGCUGCAGGAGGUUCUGGACGGCUUGGAGAAGACCGACUGCGACAUGGAUGCUUUUGAGGAGGACCUGCAGAAGAUGCUGAUGGUAUACUUUGAUUACAUGAGAAGCUGGAUCCACAUGCUGCAGCAGUUACCUCAGGCUUCCCACAGCUUAAAGAACCUGCUAGAAGAAGAAUGGAACUUCACCAAAGAAAUAACUCAUUACAUCCGCGGAGGAGAAGCACAGGCUGGGAAGCUUUUCUGUGACAUUGCCGGGAUGCUACUGAAAUCCACGGGGAGCUUUCUGGAAUCCGGCCUACAGGAGAGCUGUGCUGAGCUCUGGACCAGCGCUGAUGACAGCAGUGCGGCGGAUGAGUUAAGGAGAUCUGUCAUAGAGAUCAGCCGGGCACUCAAGGAGCUCUUCCACGAAGCCAGGGAAAGGGCCUCCAAGGCACUGGGCUUUGCUAAAAUGCUAAGGAAGGACCUGGAAAUAGCAGCAGAGUUUGUACUGUCUGCCUCGGUCCGAGAGCUCCUGGAUGUUCUGGAAGCAAAGCAGUAUGUUAAGGUGCAGAUUCCUGGGCUGGAGAAUUUGCACGUGUUUGUUCCUGACAGCCUUGCAGAGGAGAAGAAAAUUAUUCUGCAGUUACUCAAUGCUGCCACGGGAAAGGACUGCUCAAAGGACCCAGACGACGUCUUCAUGGACGCCUUUCUGCUGCUGACCAAGCACGGGGACCGAGCCCGGGACUCGGAGGACAGCUGGGGCACGUGGGAAGCCCGGGCUGUCAAAAUCGUGCCCCAGGUGGAGACUGUUGACACCCUGAGAAGCAUGCAGGUGGACAAUCUUCUGCUGGUUGUCAUGGAGUCUGCUCAUCUCAUACUUCAGAGAAAAGCUUUCCAACAGUCCAUUGAGGGGCUGAUGACUCUACGCCAUGAGCAGACGUCCAGUCAGCCUGUCAUUGCCAAAGCUUUGCAGCAGCUUAAGAACGAUGCCCUUGAGCUGUGCAACAGAAUAAGCGAUGCCAUUGACCGAGUGGAGCACAUGUUCACCCUGGAGUCUGAUGCUGAGGCUGACGAGUCCGAGUCUGCCACGCUGCAGCAGUACUACCGAGAGGCCAUGAUUCAGGGCUACAACUUUGGGUUCGAGUAUCAUAAAGAAGUUGUUCGUUUGAUGUCUGGAGAAUUCAGACAGAAGAUAGGAGACAAAUACAUAAGUUUUGCCCAGAAGUGGAUGAAUUAUGUCCUGACCAAAUGUGAGAGUGGUAGAGGCACAAGACCCAGGUGGGCCACUCAAGGAUUUGAUUUCCUACAAGCCAUUGAACCUGCCUUUAUCUCAGCUUUACCAGAAGACGACUUCCUGAGUUUGCAAGCCUUGAUGAAUGAGUGUAUUGGCCAUGUCAUAGGCAAGCCACACAGCCCUGUCACAGCUAUCCAUCGGAACAGCCCCCGGCCUGUGAAGGUGCCCCGGUGCCACAGUGACCCUCCUAACCCUCACCUCAUCAUCCCAACUCCAGAGGGAUUCAGCACCCGGAGUGUGCCUUCCGACGCUCGGAACCAUGGCAACUCUGCCGCUGCCGCCGCCGCCGCUGCCGCCACCGCUGCUACUGGCCGCCCUGGCCCAGGUGGUGGUGACUCCGCGCCGGCCAAAGCUGUCAACACUGCCCCUGAUACCAGAGGUUCCAGUGUCCCUGAAAAUGACCGCUUGGCAUCCAUAGCUGCAGAACUGCAGUUCAGGUCUCUGAGUCGACACUCAAGCCCUACAGAAGAGCGAGACGAGCCAGCAUAUCCGCGAAAUGACUCAAGUGGAUCAGCACGGAGAAGUUGGGAACUUCGCACACUCAUUAGCCAGACCAAAGACUCUGCCUCUAAGCAGGGGCCUAUAGAAGCUAUCCAGAAGUCAGUCCGGCUCUUUGAAGAGAGGAGGUAUCGAGAAAUGAGGAGAAAGAAUAUCAUUGGCCAAGUUUGUGACACCCCUAAAUCCUAUGAUAACAUCAUGCAUGUUGGAUUGAGGAAGGUGACGUUUAAGUGGCAAAGAGGAAACAAAAUCGGAGAAGGGCAGUAUGGGAAGGUGUAUACGUGCAUCAGCGUCGACACGGGGGAGCUCAUGGCCAUGAAGGAGAUCCGAUUUCAGCCUAAUGACCAUAAAACCAUCAAGGAAACUGCAGAUGAGCUGAAAAUAUUUGAAGGCAUCAAGCACCCCAACCUGGUCCGGUAUUUUGGUGUGGAGCUUCACAGGGAAGAGAUGUACAUCUUCAUGGAGUACUGCGACGAGGGCACGCUGGAGGAGGUGUCAAGGCUGGGCCUUCAGGAGCACGUCAUCAGGCUGUAUUCCAAGCAGAUCACUGUUGCCACCAAUGUCCUCCACGAGCACGGCAUCGUUCACCGAGACAUCAAAGGUGCCAAUAUCUUCCUUACGUCAUCUGGACUAAUCAAACUGGGAGAUUUUGGAUGUUCAGUAAAGCUUAAAAACAACGCCCAGACCAUGCCUGGUGAGGUGAACAGCACCCUGGGAACAGCAGCUUACAUGGCACCUGAAGUUAUCACCCGAGCCAAAGGAGAAGGCCAUGGCCGUGCUGCAGAUGUCUGGAGUCUGGGCUGCGUCGUCAUAGAGAUGGUGACUGGCAAGCGGCCUUGGCAUGAGUACGAACAUAACUUCCAGAUUAUGUACAAAGUGGGAAUGGGACACAAGCCACCGAUUCCCGAGAGGUUAAGCCCCGAAGGGAAGGACUUUCUCUCGCACUGCCUGGAGAGUGACCCAAAGAUGAGAUGGACAGCCAGCCAGCUCCUCGACCACGCUUUUGUCAAGGUUUGCACAGAUGAAGAGUGACGCUAACCAGUCCGUGGCCUAGGAGUGUGUGCACAGCAUCCCCUGAUCACUACUGUAUGUAAUAUUUACAUAAAGACUGCGGAGUGCAGUGCAGCCCUUUUAGCCUCUGACACUGAAGAGCACACAGGGGACAAGCCUCCCUUCUCCUGCUGCUCCUGUUGGGACACGGGACGCUCCUAAGGACAGUGUUGACAAGGUUAAAGACGCUGCGUGUUAAGUGCCAUUACUACUGUACACGGACCACCGCCUCUGUCUCCUCCGUUCCUCCUGUGACCGAGAACCGUGACAUCAGUGUAGUGUUUUUGAGCUUCCAGGGUUCAGAAGAAACUGUAGUGUUAUCAGGUGUCCAGGACCGUAUUUUAAUCUCCCGUUUGUUGAAUGCUUUGACUGUGAAACCUCCUUGUUGGCAAGCUGCAGGUUUGUUACGCAAAGGCUCGUAAGUGAAACUGAAGAAAAAGCUCUUUUUCAAUAAAUGGUUUAUUUUAGGAAAGCUAAGUUGGUGUCUGUUUCUG